GCAUCAAUAAAAUUGUUAGCUUUUUCCAUGUUCAGCUUGGGUUUGAUUCUUUUUGCAAAGAAAUUUGUUUUCGAUUAAUUUUUUAAUUUUAAAUCAAUUUACAUUAAAUUUACUUGGUUUUUUUGUUGUUUACCAAGACGCCUUAGAUUGUUAAUCAUGAUUAUUAUUUUACCAUUUCUAAUGUUGAUCCAUGGAGCAGAAUUCGUGGUUAUGGAAAGAAGUAAGGAAUAUGACCUUGAGUCAGGUGGUCCAGUCACAAUUGAAUGUUUACCUCCUGGGUCCAGUGGGUUUGAUAUUAAAUGGUAUAAAGUAAUCGAUGCUGAAAAAUCUAUAAGAAUUCAUGGAAAUGAAGAAAGAUACAAGCUUUAUAAUAAUAAUACUACUUUAACGAUUGAAGACCCUCGGAAAUCUGCCGAUGAAGCUGAUUAUGUUUGCUCUGUUGGAAAUCCAAGUGGGAAGACAUCAAACCAGACUUUUCGGGUUAGAGGAAAGCCUGAAUUCACUAAUUUUAAAGCCGCCGAACAUACCAAAGAUAUGAACUCUUUCAACGUAAUUGAAAACGAUGAUCUACAUUUAAUAUGUGAAGUAGUUUUGAAACCACAUUUCAAAGAGGACGAGAUCGACUUCUCUUGGUUUAGAAAGUUUUCAAAUGGAUCCGAAGAAAGAAUAACCAAUCUCAAUAUUACAUUCGAUGAAGAAUUGGAUGGUAGAUCGAAUAUUGUUAAAAAAUCUACUCUUAUCAUGGAUGAUGUUAAAUUUGGAGACCGUGCCCAGUACAUAUGUGAAGCUGCUAAUGGAGGAAUCAAAGCCAACAGUACAGUAGAUGUUCGGGUUAAAGAUAAAUUAGGUGCCCUUUGGCCUUUCCUUGGGAUUGUCGCUGAAGUAGUAAUCUUAUGCACUGUAAUCUGUGUUUACGAGAAGAAAAGGAAUAAGCCAGAGUUUGAAGAAUCUGAAAACAGUGAUGCUAAACAUUCAAAGAUGUCUCGAUGAAAGGUUCUGAGUCAUUUAUCAAGAAGGACGUAAAAUCAUCUUAUCGACAAAGAGAUGUAAUGAAGAAGCGACACUUGCUCCAUAACCAAAGAUGCAAAGGGAAAUAAUGUUAAAGAAAAGUGAAUAGAUUCUUCGCGAAACCAUGCAAAUGGUGGCUACAAAUUUAGUCAACUCAUAUACUAGUCCAACUCAUAAUCUUUUUCCGCUGGGAGCAAUGCAACUUUCAAAUUAAACUCUUGUAAUUACAGAAUCAAGGAAAAUUCAAAGCUACUGAAAUGGUUCACUAAAAAUCACCUCUUCUCUUCCUUGUCAUCUAAUUCCUGCAUCUUCAUUCUAUUUCUGGUCAUCCUUUCUUGAAAUCCAUUUCAAAACCCUAUUUCUCUGACUCUGACUCCACAUCCUUGCUUUCUUUAUUACUCUAUACUUUUCGUCAAAAUCGUGUAGUUCUAAUCAUAUUAUGAAUCCUCAUUUCUCUUUCCUUGAGAUCUUACUCUUUUUUUGCAAGAUAUUGUAUUAUAAUUUCAAUAAUUUUAGCAGCUAUUGCAUUUCACACUAGCCGAAGACAAAUUUACAAGUCUGCCCUGUCUCCAACUCUUUACCUCUUUCUAUCACUAUUUUCAUUAAUCAGUCUCUCUUUCAAAAGAACUUCUCUGACGAAAAGUGAAACUUGAUGAAAACCUUGCAACAACAAAAGAAUCAAAUCAGUAAAAAGAAACAAAAAACAAAUAUUCAUGUGUACUAUACUAGUCUCAUCAAUUUUGUUUUCGAAUAAAGCCAAGAAAUGUUUUCCCUUUGAAAUAAAUCCAAAAUUCAGUUGAAUUAGUUUCGCUUGAGAUGUAAAAUCAGCUCAACUCACAAAGUAUCUGUUAACAUAAUAAGUAACUUGCAUAUUAUAUGUUGAAACAAAGGUAUUCAGAUUAGAUGUAAAUUUGCAAAAUGUAUCUCCAUUCCUACCCUUUACAACCCACCUUUCACCUUUCUCUUGAUAGAUGGACUUAUUUGACUCAAUGAUCAACGCUAAAACUAUUUAUUGAACAAAAUUAAUCGACAAUCAUGUUGAGAUCACCAAAAUUAAAUCUCCAAACUUCACAAUUAUGAUCAAAAACACCAGGCUCGACAUUGCAUUUGUUUCUCAUGUAAAAUUAUUGAAAGCUGGCUUGCUUAUGGAUGUCAAAUAGUAUUACCAAAUGGUAGUUUUUUCAUCAAACAAGUUUCCACAUGAUUUUAAAUCAAGUCUUUUCACAUUAUGCAACUGUUAAUCAUCUGCCUAAACUGAAUAAUAAAUCUUACUUGAAAAGA